AUGGCCUGGUCCAAAGGCGACGGCGAGGCCCCAUCGCCAGGAAGAGCUCCGGCUCCGGUUUCGCGCCCGGCGUCAUCCUCCACGCCGCCGCCGCCGUACGCCGCUCACAGCUUGGGCUCGCCAUACCAGCAGCCAUGGCAGUCUCCUGGCGAGACUGGCUCAGAAAUGCUGGGUCCUCAGCAUGCAUGGCAGACACGAGACCCACGUUCGUCCAGCACUCAGUCUCUGGUGCCCUCUGUCAACGAGAAUGAGUACAGGAGGACGUUACUGGUUGUCUACAUCCAUGGCUUCAUGGGCGACAACACCUCCUUCCGUUCCUUCCCCGCACACGUCCACUACUUCUUGCGGGAACAGCUGAGCGAGUCUCAUGUCGUCCAUUCCAAGAUCUAUCCCAGGUACAAGACCUACAAAGCCAUCGAAGUGGCCAGAGAUAAGUUCAGUGCCUGGCUGGAGCCUCACGAGAAGGAGGACACCGAUGUAGUUCUGGUCGGGCAUUCAAUGGGAGGACUUCUUGCUGCCGAUGUGGCGCUCAUUGUAUAUGAACCUUCCCCUGUCUUGUCUUGUCCAAUGGUCUCCGUUAACAUGUCCCUAGCCCUCUCCGAAUCCCAGUCUCUGGCCUCGCAGAAUGCCUCCGGAUCCCUCAGUCUACAGCAGACACCAAGCCUAUCCUCGGAUGCCGGGCCGUCAUCAGGCACCAUGUCUCCUGUACCGUUGUCGAGCAUGUCGUCCAAUGCGUCGGUUGGCCCACAGCCUGAUCCAAACUUCAAUCCGACCUUCUUCAACGAUGUCUCCUUCGUAGACAGGGGCUGGUGGAAGAACGUCGCUCACUUUGCCAAGAAGCACUAUUCAGAUGGCCUCUUUAGCUCUACAUACCAUCACCUACUGUCGCACCUGGAAUUCGGCAGCUGCCUUGCAGACUACAGCUCUCUGAACAACAGGUACAACAGAAUCCGCCGGCUAGAGGAUGUGGAUGAGCUGAACACUACAUCUGGAUCACGCAAGGAGCCGAGGGUUCGCUUUGUCAACUACUACACCGUUUCGACGGGCAUCCCAAAAGAGCCCUCAACACCGAAGCGUGCCGAUACUCAUCUGAAGCCGGUGGCGCCAGAAUCGCAGCAGACCGGCCCGGGGAGUUCCCAGGCAUCGACUCCCAGGAUCUCGAUCGAGGAUUACAGUGAUAAUGAAGAGCCUCAGACCCUACACGUACUUGAACCUCUACCAGUAUCUGAUGACGAGAACAUGGACGAGCAUGGGUCAGAUCAGGUACCCAAAAAAGGAGCGCAAAACGGCGGGCCCAAGAUACCAGAAUCAUCGAAUGGCGACGGAAGUGGCAAUGUUGACAUACAGACAGAAGCCCAAAACGCAUCGUCUUCUGCGACCGCAGAGGAAGAACCCACACCUGGAACAUCAACACAGACAUGUCCUAGUAAAGAUGGAACAGCCGAUAUAGACCAAGAUUUACCAGCGAUACCAGACCCUCCUGAGCCACCACAGGCUCCUGAUUUUACGAAAUACAGUGACAAAGAAGCAAGAAAGCAAGCCGAAAAGGAGUUCAAACGGACACAGAAGACCUACGACCAGGCCGUGAAGAACCGGGACAAGGCCAUCAAGGAGCGUCAAAAACUCGUCGAGAAGCGCCAGAAGAAGGCCCAGAAAGAGGCCGAUAAGCGCCUGAAAGAAGAGGCAAAGCGUCUGGCCAAAGAGCAGGGGCAAGGAAAGCAAAAGGCUGUCGGGCCACCAGAAGACGAGGAAGUGAACUCGGCCGCGGACCCGUCCCGUCCUUCCCAAGCCCAGGUGGUGACGCCGGCACAGGCACAGAUACUUGAGCGGCAGCUCACCGACCUCGUUUUCCAUGACCAGGAAGAAGCAGCGCCAUCAUCUCCACGAAAUCCGAGCGACGGUCCUGCAACCGACAAGGGGAAGUCAACCCUUGGCGCAGGGGCGGGCCAGAAGAAGCUUCGCAAGUUCUGCAUGCUCCCGCAAAAGGUCAGCGGCGGCCGGGACCGGACGUGGGUGGAGGUCUACAUGAAGGAUGUGGACGAGGUCGGCGCGCACUGCGGGCUGUUCUUCCCUGGGCCUCACUAUGAGAUACUCAUUGGUGAUGUCGGGUCGAGAAUCGUGGACUGGGUCCGGGAAGACGCGUCGAAGAGGGCUAUCCUGGCUUUGGACUAG